CAGUGACAGAGAAUUUAAUAUUGUAUUUGUAAACUUUGUGUAGGAACUGGGGGAAUCUGAAGGAAACCACGCCUACCUCCUUGCUCGCACGUCAAUAGUGACGUAAUAAUCUUUUUUUUUUUUGCUCCUUCGACCACUUUCGACAACGCGGGUGGUGCGCAUACGAAAUUUCUAUCAAUCCUAUCAAUUCUGAGACUAAAACCUAACCUAAAACCGCAAGUGAAAGUGAAACAAUUAUUCUCUAAAUAUUAAUAUUUAAAAUGUAUAAUUAAAAUCUUUCAGACACAUUUCUUAAUUGUUGAAUUGUGUUUUAAAACCCUCAAAAAUGUUAAUAUCUCUUUUCUUAUUUCUAUUUAUAAUACAUGCGAGCAUUGCAAAAACAAUUAUUACUUCAAAGGUUUUUGUUAUUCCAAUUGGACCAGAAAUCUUUAAUCGGAGUUCAAUCGAUCGGAAAAAUGAAUUCUCAUAUCAAGCAUCACUACUUAAUGCACCAGAUUUGCCACCAUGGAUUCAUUAUACUUACAGCAAUCAUCACCAUCAAGGAUAUUUGUAUGGAGUUGCUCCGAAAGAUCAAACUAAUUUUUCGCUUGGAAUCGUAGAAUUAAACAAAAAAACUUAUGAAACAGACUAUAGAAUUCUGAACAUGAAUGUCAUACAGAAAGAAAAUGCAACCAACUAUGAGGUUUAUUUGAAAAUUGAUAAUUUAAAUGUUGAACAUACGUUCAAUAGUCAUCAUAUAGAACGACUUUUGAAUAUUUUCAGAACUGAUUUAUGGCCAGAAGCUGAUGACUUACAUGUAACUUAUUUAGUAUCAGCUGUUGAAGAGGGUGCAAGGCUUCCGUUGAACCCAAGUGAAACAGAAGGAGUUGUUGUGAAACUCGGAAGUUCCGUUCCAUUUUCACACACUUUGCACAACUUGGAGGACGAAGUAAAGCCACUAAGAAAAAUUUCGCAUUGUCCAAAAGAUUACAAACGAACUACAAAAGAAAAAAUCUUUCGAGAUGCUGAUUUUAUGUUAGAUUGGUGCUCAUUUAAAUUGAUUUCUGAAAACCGAAGUGUUCAUCAAGAAAGUGCUCGACGUGGUCCUAGUAUGAAUGUAAUCGACAGAGCUACGCUGGGAUCUUCAGAACGUGUUGAAUGGCAAUGGGCAAGACCCAAAAAAUCCUCCGUACCAAUAAGGAAUUAUCUGAAUGAAAUAGUAUCUGCAAUAUUUAUUCCAACUGGUUUGCUUUUAAUAUUGGCAAUUUUCCUCAGCACAACAUUCUGUCUUCAGCAUCCUAAUGUGAGCGAUCCAGAGUCUGAAAAAUAUUUCUUUGAACUUUUUAACAUUUGUGAACCAGAAAAGAAUAAAGAUAUUGAAGACGCGAGAGAUAAAGGAGAAUUAAGUCCUGUUGAAAGUACAGGCAAAAAUGGAGUACAAAUGGUCCAAUAUGCAACUGCUGAAAAAACUACUCUUCGAUCACUUGCAAAUCAGUGUACUACACCAACUGAUACGAUUUUACAAAAUGCAAGAGCUACAAUAGAACGUUGUAAUCCGUAUUUACGACCAAAUCCUCCUCCAUACAUCAGCCCCAACAAUGUGGGACAACUUCGAGUCAAUUUCUGACUACACGAGGAGCCAACAAAGACGUGGUUCUGCUAAAAAAGACAUCAAGUUUUAUCUACAUCUAAAUGAAACCUACUGAUGUGAAGCAAAGUGAACUACUGACUUUGGGGAAUGGCUCCGAAGCAAGCAAAAUUUUUAUAUCAAAUAGUAUUGUAUUAAAAACUAUUCGAAUAAUUCUUUUUAAGCAUAUAAUAAUAUUAGAAUCUGAAUCUGAUUUUUAGAAGAAAAUUUGUA